AUGUCCGCACCUGUGCAAUGCCCAACACAUCCAGAUGUUCAUUUGGUCGAAGACCAUCGAGCUGGCGAUUUAGUUUGUCCAGCAUGUGGUCUCGUAGUCGGUGACAGAUUAGUAGAUGUGGGAACAGAAUGGCGUUCGUUUUCGAAUGAAAGAAGCGGCAACGAUCCAUCACGUGUUGGAGCACCUGAAAAUCCAUUACUCAGCGGAGGUGAUUUAAGCACUACAAUUGCAGUUGGAUUUAACGGCUCGGACAGUGACAACAGCCUUGCAAACGCACAACGAAAAUCCAUGAACAAUUCCGAUCGCCAGAUGACUCAAGCGAUGAGUCUAAUCCGCGAAAUGGGCGAACGAAUUCAUUUGACAAAGACGCUUCAGGACAGCGCUUCGAGGAUAUUCAAAGAUGUUCUUGAUAGUCGAGCCUUACGCGGAAAAAACAAUGAGGCUCAGGCAGCAGCUUGUUUGUACAUCGCUUGCCGUAAAGACGGAGUCCCUCGAACUUUCAAGGAAAUAUGCGCUGUUUCGCGCGUUUCGAAAAAAGAAAUUGGAAGAUGUUUCAAACUUAUCGUCAAAAACUUGGAAACUAAUUUGGAGCAAAUCACUUCUGCCGAUUUCAUGUCAAGAUUCUGCGGAAAUUUGCAUUUGCCCAACUCAGUGCAGGGCGCUGCUACUCGCAUUGCAAAACGGGCCGUUGAAAUGGAUUUGGUUGCUGGACGCACGCCAAUUUCGAUCGCGGCCGCUGCAAUUUAUAUGGCUUCACAAGCAUCAAAUGAUAAAAAAACUGCCAAAGAAAUUGGUGAUGUUGCUGGAGCCGCCGAAAUCACUGUGAAACAAACGUACAAAUUAUUAUAUCCGAGAGCCGCCGAAUUGUUCCCUGAGGAUUUCAAAUUCGUGACUCCAAUCGACCAGCUUCCAUCGUCAUAA